AGAAAUUAAAAACAAAAAAUCUUUCACGUGUAUCAGAAUUCUAGUGUAUGAGUUUCAUUCUCCACGUGUGUCAAGUUUGAGGUUAUAUUCAAGUUCAAGUUAUUUGAGGAAUUUGUUGCUUAAUUAUUAUUAGUUAUUAAAAAUGCAACACGACGAUGUUGUUUGGAGUAUUAUAAAUAAAUCAUUUUGUUCACACAAGGUUAACACUAAAACUCAACGAUUUUGCCGCAAUGAAUACAACUUAACAGGUCUCUGUAACCGAUCUUCUUGCCCCUUGGCAAAUAGUCAAUAUGCCACAGUUCGGGAAGAAAAGGGCAUCAUUUAUUUAUACAUGAAGACAGCUGAAAGGUCGGCAUUUCCACGGAAAACAUGGGAAAAAGUAAAAUUGUCUCGAAACUUUGAGAAGGCCAUCCAUCAAAUCAAUGAAAAUUUGUUGUAUUGGCCCGGUUUUAUCAAAUCAAAAUGUAAACAACGUUUCGUUAAAAUAACCCAGUAUUUAAUACGCAUGAGAAAACUUAAACUGAGGAGACAGAAAUUAAUUGUUCCCUUGCAGCGUAAUAUAGAAAGACGCGAGAAAAUAAGGGAAAGGAAGGCACUCAUAGCUGCAAGAAUAGAAAAAGGGGUUGAAAAAACGUUGGUGGAAAGAUUGAAGAAGGGAGUGUAUCAAGAUUUGUACAACAUUCCUCAAACUGCUUUUGAAGACGCUCUGCGGGAAAAUGAAGUAGAAUCCGAAACUGAAGAGACGGAAAAAGAAAUGGAAAUUGAAGGUGAAGAUGAAGGUGAAUUUGUUCCAGCAGACACCGAUGAUGAAAGUGAAAAUGAAGUGGAUAGUGAUAGUGGCCAACCUGAAGCCGUUGAUCUUGAUAGUAGUUUUGAGUCGUCUGACGGAUCAGAUAUUGAAGACAUUCAAUUGCCAAGCACUUCCAAGAAGGACAAAACUAGUAAAAAGAAGCAAGAAAAAUCGCCAUUUAAGAGGAAAUUACAGAGACCGCACGUAUCGGUGGAGUAUGAACUUGAAACUGAACCAGCAAAUGUUUCGACUUACUAAUGUUCAUAAAUAAAUUUUUUGUAUAGUU